CCACUGCCAUGCUGAAGGCUCUCUGUCUCUCUCGCUGUGUGUGUGUGUGUGUGUGUGUGUGAAUUCAAGUGUAUCUCUUUCAGUAGGUUCUAAGCAGUUGGAUUUAUAUCACAUCAAAUCAAAUUAUUGCAAUGUCAUCAUGUUAAGCAAAGUUUGGGUGUGUGGAUUGUAACCUGGAGUCUAUACUGUUACAAAAUCUUAUUUUGAGGAUUGAAACUAGACUCUGAAUUGUGAACGUUAUCUAGUUUUCGUAAAGUGUCUUCUCUGCUUAGUAAAUAGUGAAUGUCUUGGUGAUUGACAUAUGUCACCAUCAUUUGACAUCUCUUUAAACCAAAUGAUAAAUCAAAAACAUCAAUAGAGAGUCCUACAAUUAAAUGUGCCAAUCCCUUUAUACAAACAUAAAAGGAACUCAGUACCUAUUUUAGUCCAUUAAAUCUGUCUUGUGUUUUAACAUGCAUUUGAUUGAGCAAUUUAUAGUGAUUUUAACAAACACAUAUUAAGAAGCCGCCCAUUGACAUCCGUCUUAUGAAUCAUGACACGACUGUUGACUGCUUUUUGCAGUAAAAGGUAUUAGUAUCAUAUUUGUGAUUGUGUCUUGGGUAUUACUUGGUAUCUCAGCCAACUCUCAUAAUGUAUUCAGUGUGUAUUGGUUGUGUCUGAGUUAAUUGAAUUCUGUCUCCAAAUGAAUCCUCUAGUAGUCACUGUGCCGUGGUUCAUAUUCAGCACUCAGUCAAGUGAAACAGUCCUGCUCCCCUCCUCUCCACGAUUUGUCCACCAUUAAUCACAACCUCAUAAGACACUCAGCCACUUCCGCCUGGCCUCGCGCUCCUCCAUCCCUCUCUGUUUCAUCAUAUUUAAUCACCUGCAGUCAGUGGUCAGGCAAAUCUCAGCUCCACAAUGAUUGGCUGCGCCAAGGAGUGGGCGGGGUCUGCUCUGCUGCAUCACACACGUACCAGCGCAGCAGGAGAGAGCAUCUCUCUCUCUCUCUCUCCAUCUCCAUCCCCCUCUCUCUACCUCUCACUCUGCCUUUCAUACAUACGCCAGAGCGCAGACUGCAGCAGAGCGCAGGGCCAGUAGGAUUUUCCUCCUCAUACUGGAACAGCUGAGAAACCAGUGAGACAGUAACCCGCUCUCGAGGAGGUGGAUGUUAUUCAUGGUUGAUCCACUUAGGAGUACCUGACCCACAAACUGCAGAGUGUGUAGGUUUGCAUCUGGCUCCCAGAAGCAGUUGUGUGGACACGUCCCUCUUACUGGAUUGGCCUACACCCUCCCUACCUGCCCAUCAUCCUCAUUUAAGGACAGGAUGCCUGGCUCUGUGCCCCUGUGCUGAGGAGGCGUCGGCGGCAGCAGUAUGGGCACUGUGCUGGCCAGCAUCCCCAUAACCCCCUCCACCACCGAUCUGCCACCACCACGCAGCCCCACUGAGACGGGCGCUCCCGCCAGCCCCGCUGAUGGGCGAAGACACUGACGCCACCCCAACACUCAACCACCGCGGCUUCCUCCCCGACCACAACUAUGUGACUGAAGGGCUGCUCCUGGCUAUAGCCUGAAGAGCUCCGCCCAUCCCGUCCACCCCUCUCCACCCUGGAGUCCUCCCCCAGGAUGUUGAGCCCCAUCCAGGUCCUGUGCUCCGACAUCACUACCCUUUCUCUGGAGCCUGAGCCGUUUGCCUCUUACACUGAAGCUGAUAUCAUCUCCACUGUUGAGUUCAACCACACAGGAGAGCUCCUGGCCACAGGGGACAAGGGAGGCCGUGUUGUCAUCUUUCAGAGGGAACCAGAGGGCAAGACGGAGCCAUUCUCCCAGGGAGAGUACAAUGUCUACAGCACCUUUCAGAGCCAUGAGCCCGAGUUCGACUACCUUAAGAGUCUGGAGAUCGAGGAGAAGAUCAAUAAGAUCCGAUGGCUGCCUCAGCAGAACGCUGCACAAUUCCUCCUCUCCACCAAUGAUAAGACCAUUAAGUUGUGGAAGGUGAGUGAAAGAGACAAACGGCCUGAGGGAUACAACCUGAAAGAUGAGGAGGGCCGCAUCAAGGACAUCUCCACCGUGACCUCCCUCCAGGUACCGGUGUUGAUGCCGAUGGACCUGAUGGUGGAGGUAAGCCCACGGCGGGUGUUUGCAAAUGCCCACACCUACCACGUCAAUUCCAUCUCCGUCAACUCCGACUUUGAGACCUACAUGUCAGCCGAUGAUCUGAGGAUCAACCUCUGGCAUCUGGACAUCACCGACCGCAGCUUCAACAUUGUGGACAUCAAACCCACCAACAUGGAGGAUCUGACGGAGGUGAUAACAGCGGCGGAGUUUCACCCCCACCACUGUAAUUUGUUUGUCUAUAGCAGCAGCAAAGGCACCCUGCGCCUCUGUGACAUGAGAGAAGCAGCGCUGUGCGACAAACACUCCAAAUUGUUUGAGGAGCCCGAGGACCCCAGCGCCCGCUCCUUCUUCUCCGAAAUCAUCUCCUCCGUGUCGGACGUCAAGUUCAGCCACAGCGGCCGAUACCUGCUCACCAGAGACUACCUGACUGCCAAAGUGUGGGACCUCAACAUGGAGAGCAAGCCCCUAGAGACGUACCAGGUUCAUGAUUACCUCCGCAGCAAGUUGUGUUCCCUUUAUGAAAACGACUGCAUCUUUGACAAGUUUGAAUGUGCCUGGAACGGCUCAGACAGUGUUAUCAUGACCGGAGCCUACAACAACUUCUUCCGCAUGUUUGACCGUAACACUAAACGCGACGUGACCCUGGAGGCGUCAAGAGAGAGCAGCAAACCCCGGGCCGUCCUGAAGCCGCGGAGGGUCUGCGCCGCCGGAGGAAAGCGCCGGAAGGACGACAUCAGCGUGGACAGCCUGGACUUCACCAAGAAGAUCCUCCACACGGCCUGGCACCCGACCGAGAACAUCAUCGCCAUCGCCGCCACCAACAACCUGUACAUCUUCCAGGACAAACUCAACUCUGAGCUGCAUUAACAAAAGGGAUGUCAGCGGCAGAUAAUGAAUGAGUUUACACCUGAACACACAACUAUGCCAGAAUGUACACACUUACAGUCAUACACACCCGGGAAUAUGCCUAACACAUAUGCACAUGCACACACACACACACACACACACACACACACACACACACACACACACAUAUCAAACCGCAGCAAAUAUGUCUUUGCGGACGCACUCGUUCACCUCCUGUCCAGCCGCCCAGAACUGAGAGGACCUAGAAAGGGCUAGAAAGGGAACAGGCUGGAUUACACAAUGGAUUAUGGAUAGAAAAAUUGUCCAAGCUGUGGAUUUCUUGAUUGAUAACCUCUGGCUUGUGCUUGAUGGUGUGUUGAUUGCUACAGCUCAGCUUCUGAGGGGGAGAACCCCCCAGACUGGAGAGAUGUUUACAUGUUUGUCUUUCUUCUUCUUCUUUUCUUUAAGCUCUAUUCCCUUCUCCACCUCCUCCUCCCUCUCCUCUCUAUAUUUGUGUGCUUGAGCAAAGCCUAUUCUUAUCUCUUGCCCACUGUUUUGUGUAACAAACGCCCUUUGUGGUUGUCUACCAGCGGCACCGAUGGAAAAUGGGGCAUUUAUGUAACUGCCUGUCUGUUUGUUCGAUUUCAGAUUGGCGACCCCACAUCUGUUUCUGUCAUUUGUUAAAUUACGUUAACGAUGGUGAGUACGGUGAUGAUGACAAUUUAAAACGAUAUGUGUGAUGGACAGGGAUGAAUUUGAGGACCGGUCCUCUUAACCCAAGUUGGACUUGACUGUGUUCGGUGAGGUCAAAACCUUCACCGUCCUGCAGAGAGAAGCAGUAGUCAGCAGAUGUGAUGAUCACACAGCAGACACACACUCAUAUCUGCUCCACACAGUGUGUGUUCUCUGCUGAAACAGGCCACCCGACUACUCCAAUUGUGGAUUCUGCUGCUGGUCUGGGACUGUGUCAUGUGCUACUUGUGCUACAGCUCAAAUCAAACUAAAAUUUCUAAAAAAGAAAUUAAAAAGUAAAUAAACUAAAAUUAUUUUAACAUAAUAAAAGCAAAAAAGAUGCUGCAUGUCAAACAGAUUUAGCCUAGGUGUUUAUAAAUCGACUGACUUGACUGACUUGGCUGCCUUCCUAACCAUUUAGAGCCAGCUGUACAAAGGCUUCAGGGGCCCCCCGGGCCCCCGUGCGGCACGAGUAACCAUAGAUGACCGAGCUGUCCUACCUUUAUUUGUGUCUUCAGACACUGAAGCAUGUUUACCAGUGUUCGGUUCAUACACUUUCGUGUGCAUUUUGAAUGAAGCUCAGUUUUGACUGGAUUGAAACUGCAGAGCCAAGAAAAGUGGGGAAUGUUUGUCAUACUCUAAAAGAAGAAGAAAAAUCAAAAGGGCCUAAAUGGUGUCUGUAUAUAUCAACUCUGUUUUUGACAUGAAUGAGGUUUUUUUUUUACAUCUAUAAACGGACUGCGGACUCUAUCAUCUGUAUUGAUGAUUGCCUCCAAAGCUGCAGCAGAGAGAUGAUACUUCAGUCUCCUCAGCCUUCCUCACUGAUUCCUUUGCUGAUGAGCAGAAGCUUUUAUUUUUAGAGAACAGUUUAUUCUUUCAUUUCAUUUUUCUUUGGAAAACUUGUAAGGUUUAGUCCACAUCCUGACCAAACUAAUGUCAAUUCACACAGUUUUUAUGUUAAGUUAAGUUGUUGACAAAAUUGUCAAACGGACAGUCAUAAAUAAUGUUAAUGUUUUUUUUUUGAUUAAAGGUUUCAACAAAAUUGCA